AGCUACAAUAUAUACACAUACUGGGCGACUGAUUGCAUUGUUAAUUUUUAACGACGAUAUCAACUCGUUUGAUUUAAGAGUCACUUUUCCAGAUGGAUUUCUUGAAGGAGCUCCCCGUCUUUGACAAAAACAACUUCGCCAAGUUUCAGGCAGACUCUAAUCCUCAAUUUGCUGUCUAUAUUCCAACCCAGGAUUAUCCAUCAAAGCAAAUCAUUAUCCAAGACAGUAUUUACGCCCGCUCACAAUUUUGUGAAAUUUGCAAGAUGUUAACAUUGCAGCACUCGUUGAACAGCGGGAGGAUAAUUAACUGCAGGGACGCGCGGAAGGCAUUACCACGACAGAGAGAGGAAUGA